AUGACAUUCCUUACGAAAAGCAACAAAAGCAACCGUCGUGGUGUUCAAUUGAAGCAAGAAUUUGACGGUGGGCUUGCAGUCAUGGAGGGACCCAAAAGGCGACGCACAGGCUGUACAGAGUGUCGACGGAAGAAGUCAAAGUGCGAUGAGAAGAAACCAGUCUGCUCUCGCUGCUUAAAGUACCCUAGACUCUGCUGUUAUGAGCUAAAUGUGAAAACUACGGCAUUCAAAACACCCACGCCAUUGUCCCGACAGACUCCACCACCACCUAACCUUCCUGUCUCUAAGCCAUGUCAACUGGCUACUCACGAAUGGAUGCUAUCACCUCCUCAGUCACCCGGAUCAGUGCUGCAUGACUACAGAAUGACACCAUUUCCCAUGGUUCAAUCUCACAAGUACCGAUUUUACUUCCAUCAUUUCAUCGCGCAUACCGCAUCAAUCUACUUCCCACUUCAGCCGGAUUCUUUGCUCAGUUUUGCCAUACCAGUGGCAGAAAGCAGCCCCCCAAUGCUUACGGCAAUAUUAGCCGCAAGUUGUAGCCAUCACUACAGACUAAAAGGAAAUAUACACUCAAAAACUUCUGCGAUGGAAGCAACAGGUCAAUGUCUUUCCAGUCUCCGCGCAGCGAUCAUGACCAGACAUUCAGGAGGCGAAAGUGCGACAUUGCUUGUGACUUCGUUGAUGCUGGCAACGACAAGUUUAUGUGCGGGAGACACAUCUACCUACCGAAAGCAUCUCAACGGCGCUAUUAAUAUCGUUCGCCGAGAUGGCAAGCGGCAUAGUACAGAUGCUUUAUGGGCCCUCGGUCUCAAAUGGCUUGCUCAGCUGGUCCUGAUGAACAGGAUUUCCGGACUGCCCUUGCCUGUUCAACAACGAAAAGGACAUCUCGACUGGAUACAACUUCUCGAGAGCAUGCCAGGGCCUGGCCAUAUUGAUACAAUAACUGGCUUGUCCCUCGACCUGGCCACAAUACUAAACCAAGUUUGCGACUUGUCUGAUUCAAACUCUCCUAAAGUAACAGAAUUAGAAAACGCGUCACAAACAGAGAGCGAUGAAGAAAAGAAACAAAUACUUCAGGCCAACAUACUCAAAGCCCAGUCACUCGAGACGCUCUUGCUAUACAUAAGAAGCCAAACAUCUUCACCCGAGCCAACAGAAUUCUCGACGGAACUAGAUUGUACACACAAACUUUUCAUCAACGCAACGCUUUUAUCUCUCUAUCGACGCUUUUAUGGUCUACCCAAGAGCCAUGAAAAGGUUCAGUCAGCUGUUGAAUCUAUCCUAGAAUUACUUCAGAAGAUCGACCUCCAUUCUAAAGUCAAUGUACCACUCUUAUGGCCACUUCUUACAGCGGGAUGCGAAGCGAUGACAGAAGCCCAACGAUCAAUAAUCGCCACGAGAAUGAUAGCAAUGGAAUCACACGGACUGGGCAAUUGCAAGAUUGUCUACGGCUUUAUGACAGACUACUGGGAACGUGGGAAUGAUACGCAAUGGGAAACUUUCGCUAAGCAGAUGGGUGUUGAUUUGGUUUUGUUCUGA